AUGACUGGGCGGCGCUCAUCUGCACGCAUUGCUGGUAAAUCAAGCUCUCAGGGCUCUCAGAACUCAUCCCCCCCUCAUCCCAAAUCGUCGCCCGCCAGCAAGAAACGCAAAAACGAGGCGACUGACUCUCCACCAAGCGCGAAGCGCGGCAAGAAGAAUGGAGAACCAGCACAGAAGACGUUGGAAGAGACCAUACAGAAUGGAACCUCCGAGCAACCUGCUCCGGAAAAGCCGGAUGAAGAAAUGAAAGACGCAGCGGAGGAUAAACAGGAGGAGACCCAGCCCGAGCCCACCAACGGCCAUGCGACCGAGUCCAAGGCGGAAGAUGCGAAGUCCGAGGAAGAGAAGAGCGUUGAACCCAAGAAGGAAGCUGAUGAUAAGGAAGCCGAGACAGAGGCCACUGAGUCCAAAGAAGAGACCAAGCCAACUGAGACAAACGACAACGCGGUCGAGCCCGGGGCUCGGGACGACGACGAUAUUCCCUCAACCAUCCUGGAAAAAGGUAUCAUAUACUUCUUUUUCCGGCCCCGCGUCAAUGUGGACGAUCCACAGGAUGUCAACGAUGUUGCGCGCUCAUUCCUCGUCAUGCGACCCAUCCCUCUCGAUGCAAAGCUCGGAGAUGGCCCCAUUGGCGACGAGCAGAAUUGCCGUCUUUUGGCCUUACCAAAGAAGGUACUCCCACAGAGCGGUAAGGACCGAUUCAUCACCUUUGUGGAGAAAUACAAGACCAGCUUCGCCGAACUCAAGGAGACUUUCUUGACCGGCUCCGAAUACCAGACCAAGACGCAGGGCACGAAGCACACCGCGCCAGUCACUCCACUUGCCGAGGGCAUUUACGCGGUCACGUCUACUGGCCGCGAAUCGCACCUCGCCUACAUCAUCAACAUCCCUUCCGAGGUCGGCGAGGUCCAGAAGGACUUUGGCCUCAAGCAGCGCGGAAGCUUUGUGGUCAGUGUCAAGAACCCUGAACAGCCGCCUACGGGCCAGCAGAGCGUGCCUUCAGGACCAGAGUAUCCGCCAGAAAUCGUCGACGAGUUCCGCGGACUGCGCUGGAAGCCAUUGGAGCCCAAGUAUCUGAACUAUGACCAUGCCCAGUUCCUCAUGAUUGGAGAGGAUUAUGAAAAGGCCACUGAGCAACGGCCCAAGGAUCAGCGUGAGGACAAUGCCCCGCCUGAGCAGGAACUCGAGAAAUUGGAGGGUGAAGACGAGAUCCGAGUGAAGCAUUUGAAAGGCGAUGAUGCUAUCUUCACAGAUCUUCACGUCACAACCAAAGAUAUCCCCGAAGUGCGGACUACCUGGUGA